AUGCCCGCUUCUCAAACUGGAUUUGGAAACUUCUUCCUGGAGCGGAACAUCAGCAUGCCGACCGGAUACCAGAUCCCGAUGCUGGGCAGCGUGCACCAGCAGCAGGCCCAGCAUCUGGCCGCCAUGGCAGCUGGGAUUCCUUUAGGAUACUCGGGACUACAGGGAUACAACUUCAUCCCGUACCCGCACCACAGGCACAUCGCGCACAUGACAAACGGUUUCGACUUGAAGGCAUCUCCCUAUCAUCACGCUCUCCUGGCCCGCGGGGGGCCCUUCUACCCCCCCUACCGGGGUCCCGGUGCCGCCGAGGACCCCGGCCGGGUCCCCAAGGUGGCCACCCGGGAGAGCACCGGGGCGCUGAAGGCCUGGCUGAACGAGCACCUGAAGAACCCGUACCCAACCAAGGGCGAGAAGAUCAUGCUGGCCAUCAUCACCAAGAUGAGCCUCACGCAGGUCUCCACCUGGUUCGCCAACGCCAGGCGGAGGCUGAAGAAGGAGAACCGGGUCAGCUGGGCGUGCAAGGGCAAGUCCGACGAGGAGGAUGAGGAGCAGGAGGAGGGAGAGAGCGACGAGGAGGACGGGCCCCUGGAGAAAUGUCCCCUGGAGACGUGUCCCCUGGAGACGUGUCCCCUGGACGAGCGGGAUGAGGAGGAGACCCAAAGCGAGCGCGCAGACACCGAGGAGCGCCUGGAGGUCCCGAGCCUUCAGGAGGACAGAGAACAUGAACUUGUGAAGAAAGUUGAACAGAGAGACUCUGACCUCACGCCGUCCGGCCUGGAGAGCAAAGGAAACGUCUCCAGUCAAAAACCCAAAAUCUGGUCUUUGGCGGAGACGGCGACUUCAGAGACUGUGAAGAAACCAGUGGAGCUUCUUCACCUCCCAGCAGGGAAGCUGUGGGCAGACUGGGCCUCACGAACCGGGAUGCUCGUCCCCCAGGGUUUCUCCACUCGGGAGCUUAUCUGA